GAAGGCGAUUCCAAUGGUGCGAGCGAGGCAGCGAACAGACGCAGCGGGGAGAGGAAGGGAGAGAAGAAGCUGAGAGAGCGAGAGAGACAGGACGAGUCGAGUCACCUUAGCCUGUAUCGACACCCUCCUCUUCCUUCCUCUUCCUUCUUCUUCCUUCCUCUUCCUUCCUCUUCCUUCUCCCUCCACCAGCACGACAUGGGCAUCGAAAGCUCCUGCUUCCCACGUCAGAACCAACAAGAUCCGUUGCAGCAGUUCAAGUCGUGGGGACUCAUCCACUUCCCUGACGAGGACGAGAAUGAAGAGGAUGGCGGAGAUAUCGACGAGGUCAUGCCAGGCCUCUUCCUUGGGGGGAUGGAGGGAGCGAUGCAGCACGACGAGCUGAGGAGGAGAGGAGUAACCCAUGUCUUGAAUGUCGCAAGCUACAACCUCAGCCCCUCGGCCUACGAUCCUGAAGCAUUCAGGUACCUUAUCAUCUGUGCGGAAGACCUCCCUACAGAGAACCUGAGGACUCACUUCGACAAGACGACAAGCUUCAUCGCCUCUGCCAUGUCCACCGGCGCCGUCUACGUCCACUGCUAUGCCGGAGUCUCGCGCGCGCCCUCUGUGGUGAUGGCAUUCCUGAUGAUGGACAUGGGCAUGUCCUUCAAGGAAGCCUACAACAUGUGCAAACGAGCAAGACCGCAGGUCUUCCCCAACAAUGGUUUCGUCAACCAGCUCAUGCAGCUUGAAGAGACCCUCAAGCACAAACCGACGCAGGUGGAGGCAGCAGCCGGACGGUUCCCCUCCUCCUCCUCUGCUCCUGCCUCUCACUUGGUACCGACGAGCAGCCUGCACCCUGUGAGGUCAUUGUGCUCCUCUGCUCGAGUGACCGAUGCCGCAGAACGCCUGAGAGCAUCGCCGUGA